GCGUGAGCGCUCGACGACACCACCAGGAUGAAGGUCGCCCUCACAUUUGCAUGUGCUCUCGCGCUUUGCUCCUCUGCCCUCGGUGAGCACUGCACGGCAGCGGACCACAAACGAUGACUGACAUGGGACGAAAGCAGCACUGCCGAGCCGGAAAGCACAGCAACUUGUGCAUCGCGCAUAUCUGUGUCUGUCAUGUGUGCGGCUUGUCAUGUCAUCCAUCUGUUGGUCUCUCAGGUGGCGAGGAGACUGCAUUUGUCGGCGCACCUGCGCGCCUCGGCGGUCUCCGAGCCUCACGCAGUCCCUCAAGGCAAGUCACAACACAGACACAUACACCUCACAAUGCAAAGUCAUCUGGUCUGUGUGCCUCUAUGUGUGCUCUUUGCGUGUUCAUUGCAGGACGAUGCAGAUGGCCCUUGAUCCCUCUUUCGCUGGUGGCCUGGUCGGCAACGACAUCGAUGCACCCAACUUGUGAGCACGGCACACUCAGAGAGAGAGAGAGAGAGAGAGAGAGAGAGGGUCAGAUAAUCCAUUCUCUCUGUUGCUGUUGGUGUGGUCUUCCCCUCCCUCUCCCUCUGGCUCUCAGCGACCCAUUGGGUCUGUCCAAGACGGCCGACGAUGAGACGCUCAAGUGGUACAGAGCGGCUGAGCUCAAGCACGGGCGUGUGGCGAUGCUGGCGGCGCUGGGAUUCCUGGUGCAAAACAUCUACCAGCUGCCCGACAGCCCCUUCCAAGAGGCGAACCCCAUCAACGCCGUCUACAAGCUAUGGAGCGAGCGGCCCCUGGCCAUCAUGCAGAUCCUCACCGCCAUCGCGGCCAUCGAGGUGCUGGGCAACCAGGUGCAGCUCCAGACGGAGGACGGGGGCGACCUGAAGUGGGACCCGCUGGGCAUCAAGCCCAACGACCCUGAAGAAUUCCGCAAGAUGCAGCUCAGGGAGCUCAAGAACGGACGGCUGGCCAUGAUCUCCGUCCUCGGCAUGACGGCACAGGAGGCGCUCACCGACCAGGGUCCCAUCGACCAGAUCCUCACCGGCAACGUCAACCCCUUCUGAGCUCACUCGAGGGCGGGUGGCAAGAGGAGAGGAUAACAAGACCGAGAGAGAAUGACGCGGAAAGAAGGGGUGUUUUUGGGCGUAGUGGUGCGAGAUGUGG